CCUAGACCCUGGGCACAUAUAUGAAGUCAGGGGAACAUACGGUACAUGCAAGAGAUACCGUUCUGCCUCAGAGUUGAACACCUUCUCCAUUACUCCAUGUCAGAUUCCAACAAAACCGAUUUCACCAACCCCUCCACCUUCAUCCUGCUGGGUAUUCCUGGGCUGGAAGCAGCCCAUGCCUGGAUCUCCAUCCCCUUCUGCACCAUGUACAUCAUAGCCAUCUUGGGGAACUUCACCAUCCUGUUCAUUGUGAAGAGGGAGCCGAGCCUCCAUGGGCCCAUGUACUAUUUCCUCUGCAUGCUGGCUGUCACCGACCUGAUCCUGUCCACAUCCACCCUGCCUAAAAUGCUGAGCAUCUUCUGGUUCAAUUCCAGGGAGAUCGAUUUCAGUGCCUGCCUCACCCAGAUGUACUUCAUUCACUGCUUCUCAGUGGUGGGGUCUGGGAUCAUUGUAGCCAUGGCUUUUGAUCGCUACGUGGCCAUCUGCCAUCCCCUGAGACAUUCCACCAUCCUGACAAACACUGUGGUGGCUAAGAUUGGCCUGGCCAUGCUGCUGCGUGGUUGCAUGCUCAUACUGCCCUAUCCCUUCAUGGCCAGACAGUGGCCAUAUUGCAGAACCAACAUUGUCCCCCACACAUACUGUGAGCACAUAGCCGUGGUGAAACUGGCCUGCACUGACAUCCAUGUCAGUAGUUACUAUGGCCUCUCCGUGGCAUUCUUGUUGACAGAUCUGGAUGUGUUUUUUAUCACCUUGUCCUAUACCCAGAUCCUCAGGGCCAUCUUCAACCUCCCCAGAAAGGACGCCCGACUCAAGACUUUUGGGACCUGUGGCUCCCACCUCUGUGUCAUCUUAGCCUCUUACAUCCCAGCUCUCUUCUCCUUCCUCACGCAGCGGUUUGGCCACAAUGUGCCCCUGUAUUUCCACAUUCUCAUAGCCAAUAUGUACCUUCUGGUGCCCCCCAUUCUAAACCCCAUCAUCUAUGGGGUGAAGACCAAACAGAUCCGGGACAGGGUUCUAAGGCUCUUUACUCAUAAAGGAACCUAA